CGGCAGCGCAUCUCGGCUCUCUUUUCCCGGUCUCGCAGCCCACUUUCUUUUGCUCCGAGAACCUCAAUAUUACGGUAUCUUUGGUUUCUUCGGUUCGGCCUUACCAGCUGUUCCAUGCGUCGGUCAAUUUCGCUGCGUCGCAGAUGAGCCGCGGUAUCUCUGCAGCGCCGUUUUUUGGCUUGGACUAUAAUAUACUGGUGUCUGGAGUCGUGGAGAAGCUGGUCUUCUCUCCAGAUUCUUCUUCUUUCUUUCCCUCCUUCAACUACCCCCAGGUUUUAACUUUGGCAAAAGAAUAAACCUACAUCAUGUCCACACCACAGCAACGACUAUCCUCCAUCGCAAACCAGUUCUCUGGCCCUGGUGCAGCAUCGGCUAGGGACAGACUUCUGUCUAAGAACCCUGAUGAUGUCGUAAUCACACUCGCCGUGCGAACGCCUCUCACAAAAGCUAGAAAGGGUGGAUUGAAGGAUACCACGAUCGACAAUCUUCUGGUUUCGCUAUUGACUACCGUGCGGGAAAAGUCUAACCUCGACCCCAACCUUGUUGAGGAUGUCUGCGUCGGCAACGUUCUUGCCCCCGGCUCCGCCUAUGUCGCCCGCUCUGCAGUCCUGGCUGCAGGAUUCCCGGCCACAGCCGCCGCAUCAGUCGCUAACCGGUUCUGCUCCUCUGGCUUGCUGGCUGUCCAAAACAUUGCAAACCAGAUCAUCGCUGGCUCGAUCGAUGUCGGUAUUGCGGUGGGAGCGGAGAGCAUGAGCACCAACCCCGACGGUGGUGCCCCAGAAAUGUCGGACAAAAUCAUGUCACACCCCCUUGCCUCGCAGAACAAGCAGCCUAUGGGCCAGACCUCAGAGAACGUUGCGGGUCAAUUCAGCAUUUCCCGCGAAAGACACGACCAGUUCGCCGCAAAGAGUUUCCAGAAAGCAGAGCACGCCCAGAAGGCUGGCUGGCUUAACGAUGAGAUCGUUCCUGUUCAGACCAUUAUCAAGGAUCCCAAGACUGGUGAAGUAAAGGAAGUUGUGGUUGACCGUGACGAUGGUAUCCGCUACGGUACUACACCCGAGUCGCUCGGCAAAGUCCGCGCUGCGUUCCCCCAGUGGAAGCCUAGUGCUACAACCGGUGGAAACGCCAGUCAAAUCACCGAUGGUGCUGCUGGUAUCGUCCUUAUGAAGCGAUCGCGCGCGCAGGAGCUCGGACAGCCCAUUGUCGCCAAGUUCUGUGGUGCUACUGUCGCAGGCCUUGAGCCCAGAAUCAUGGGCAUUGGUCCUUCGAUCGCCAUCCCCAAGAUUUUGUCAAAGGUUGGCUUGACCAAGGAUGAAAUUGACAUCUUUGAGAUCAACGAAGCCUUUGCAUCCAUGGGUGUUUACUGUGUCAGUAAGCUGGGUCUCGAUGAAAAAAAAGUGAACCCUCGUGGUGGUGCAAUUGCCAUUGGUCACCCAUUGGGAUGUACAGGAGCACGCCAGGUUGUCACUGCUCUCUCUGAGCUGCGUCGUCAAAAUAAGAGAAUUGCUGUUACUUCGAUGUGUGUUGGAACAGGAAUGGGUAUGGCGGGUGUCUUCGUCUCUGAGCACUAAAAUUGACAGCUAGUAAUUUAUUUGAUGGAAUUAUAAACAUGUAUAUAUAUUUGCGAUGAAAUGGACAGCUAUGAUUCCCCUCCCCUUAAAUCUGAGUACUAUUAUCCGUGAGACAGCGGAGCGAAGAGAGUGGGUCAUCUCCACAUGCCGUGCAGAUACUAAAUCGCAGAUACUGUAGAUAGAGUGGCUAGUAGAUAGACAAAGACAACAAAGGGAAUU